CUCCCACGUCUCAGCCUAUCAGCCUAAGGAUCCCGCCUUCCAUCACGCCGUUCCGCGCACGCUCAGGCCCGAAAGGCCCGGAAGAGGGCCAUCAGCUCCUCCCUCUCCUGAGCGCCGUUCAUCAGAGCCAAUGGAAACGCCUGGUGAAAUUGCGUCACUUGUUUCCGGCCUCCUCGCGAGGCAACCUCCACUACUGUAAGGAGGUGUGGGUAAUUCCCGGUUCCAGGCUCAGCAUGCGGUGCGUCAGUCCAGCUGCUCUGGUGAUCUUUUGCGCCGGGCUUUGGAUUUCGAACCACGUGCUGGCGCAGGGCCUGGAGGCCGGUGUGCUGCCGAGGGCUGACUGUGAAGUAUGUAAAGAAUUCUUAAACCGACUCUACAACUCCGUGCUAACAAGAGGACUAGACUUCUCUGUGGCUGCCAUAGAAGAGGAGCUGAUCAGCCUUUGCUUGGCUGCUAAAGGAAAAGAAAACCGCCUGUGCUAUUAUCUAGGGGCCACCACAGACUCGGCCACCAAGAUUCUAGGUGAAGUCACUCGUCCCAUGAGUGUACACAUGCCCACGGGGAAGAUUUGUGAGAAACUAAAGAAGAUGGACAGCCAGAUCUGUGAGCUGAAAUACGAGAAGAAAUUGGACUUGGCAUCGGUAGACCUGUGGAAGAUGAGAGUCGCAGAGCUGAAGCAGAUCCUUGAGAGCUGGGGGGAAGAGUGCAGGGCGUGUGCAGAGAAAAACGACUACGUGAACCUCAUUAGAGAGCUGGCCCCCAAAUAUAUAGAGAUACACCCCCAAACAGAGCUCUGACCUCGUCGGCUAUCAUGAACUGUAGUUAGAGGAAAAUGACUGUCUAAGAUGAGACUGUGCUGGUUAGGGCUAACCAGGGACUGCCAGGUUGGCCGUCAGUCUUGCUGUUGUAUUGUGGAGUUGUGUUGUUUAGGUGUAUGAUCAACCCGUGCUUCCUGCUGGUCACCCACAUUGCAGAGUACAGAGGCCUCAAGGUGA